AUGGCGGCAGCACCCAGUACACGUCUCGCAGAUGACAAGAGCACCCACAAGAGCAUGGCUGUCUCGUGCACGGGAGUUGAUGAUGCUGGUGCAGCUGGGGUGGGCGGUGCAGAUUUCGCCACGGCUGGCGUGGCCAGCGCUCUUCUUCGCUUUACCAACUCUCCACCCCAGAGCGAUCCAUGGCACCCCCAGCGGGCUGAUCCAAGGCACCUCAACCAUCUUAUUGCCGAAGUCGACGGUAUCCUGUCAGCAAUCAAGGAGCCGGGCGCAAGGUACUGA